AUGUCUGGAAUGUGGUCGGGCAAGGCCACAAAAGAAGAUGUAAGAAAGCCAUAUAUUGUUCAUAUGAUCAAGUCCAUGAAACCCCAGCAUUUCAAUUUACAUCAACACUGGUACUCUUCAAUGCUCAGCCACGUCUGGGGAUCGGAUCCCACUGCAAAUGCAAAUGAGUUGUUAUACACAUAUGAUACUCUCUUGUACGGCUUUGCUGCGAGGCUGAGCGAAGCAGAGGCCGAAGCAAUGGAGGGUAAGGAGGGGUGCUUGGCCGUGAUCCCUUCCUCCCUCGAUAAAGUUGCCAAUACACACACGCCAGAGUUUUUAGGUCUCUCAUCCUUCUCCUCUUCUUCUCCUGGAUUAUGGUCUCAAUACUCCACUCGUGGCGAAGAUAUUAUCGUGGGUGUGAUUGACUACGGCAUAUUGCCUGAACACGAAAGCUUCAACGAUGCAGGCCUUGGACCUGUUCCCUCCAGAUGGAAAGGCACGUGUGAAAGCGGGCGGGCCUUCAAUUCGUCACACUGUAAUAGAAAAAUCAUUGGAGCUCGGUACUUCUACAAAGGCUACCAGAAUAACCAAUCUAAAAUUAACGAAACGUUGGAGUACAUGUCUCCCAGAGACUCCCAAGGGCAUGGAACACAUGUGGCCUCAACUGCCGCGGGAGCUGCGGUAAGAGGUGCCAGUCUCCUCGGUUUCGCCAACGGAACGGCCACAGGAAUGGCUCCUCGUGCCAGGCUGGCCAUCUACAAAGCUUGCUGGAGAGACGGUUGCGAUUCGAGCGACGUCGCUGCUGCCAUGGAACAAGCGAUUGCUGAUGGCGUCGAUAUCCUUUCAAUCUCACUACACUCAGCAGAUGUGCCAUUCCACGAGAGUCUCAGAGCCAUAGCCGCGUUCGGGGCGACAGAAAAGGGAGUAUUUGUUUCUGCCGCGGCAGGCAACGAUGGACCAGAUGUUUAUACUCUGAGUCACACAGCGCCAUGGAUUACAACCGUAGGUGCGAGCGGCAUCGACAGAGAUUUCCCUGGUUCUUUAGUAUUGGGCAACCAGGAGAUAUUGAGAGGCACCUCCAUCUUCAAAGGAGAUGGAAAAUUGCAAGGGCCAUUCCCUCUCGUAUAUGUCUCCACCAGCAACAGCUCAAAGCGUUGUCUUGAUGGCAGCCUCGACCCCAACGUGGUAAAAGGUAAGCUAGUGCUGUGUGAUAAGUUGUUAUAUGUAAGUAAUGGAGGUGCCGACGAAGUAGCUAGAGCAGGAGGUGCAGGAGUUAUUUUGGCCAAUGGUGAGCUCCUCGGAGCAGAGCAGCUGCUUACCAACCCAAAUGGUCUGCCGGUUAUCAGCGUGAGCUUUUCAGAUGGAGAGAAAAUCAAAUCCUACAUCAAUUCAAGGCCGAACAACGUCACGGCCACCAUGCGUCUCCAAGGAUUGACUAUCGUGGGGAAUGCAACACCCGCUCCCACUGUGGCUUCUUUUUCAUCCAGGGGCCCGAGCGAAGCAUAUCCUUCUGUUCUCAAGCCUGAUAUCGUUGCUCCCGGUAGGUUCAUAUUGGCAGCAGGCGUGGGAGGAGCUUCAAUCUAUGGGUUACGCUCCGGGACGUCGAUGGCAUGUCCCCACAUCAGCGGAAUUGCAGCGCUCAUAAAAGCCAUCCAUCCCACGUGGAGCCCUGCCGCCAUCAAAUCAGCGCUCAUGAUAAUCAGGGGAAGGCUAUCAAAGAUUCAGUUACAAUGGAGGCAGCCGACUCAUUUGAUAUGGGUGCAGGCCAUGUGGACCGAAGGGCUGCUCUAG